AUGCCACCCAAGACUCGCUCGUCUCAUGAGCGCACCGACGCUCCCGCACGACAAUCAAAGAUAUCCUCAAGACGAACGACGUUAAUCCACCGGCGCAUGUCACCACCGAAGCUCAAGAAGAGAGAUUCAACCUUGACACAGCUCGGCUUCUACCAUUCAUCAUCGCCUGCUGUAGAGACACAAUGGACGAUUCCGGCCACUAGCGAUGCCGAAGAUGAGGACGAAGAUUACAAAGAGCCACGGGCGAAGAAGCGGAGGAAGACAUCAGGCAGCAAGCCCAAACCCGGUGGCAAGAAGGCGAAGACGGAUGUGUCCGAAUCGCAGUCGACUUUGACUCAGAAUUGGAGGGCUCUGGGCUACGUGAUGGACAGCUACGACACAAGUGAUGAGGAAGAUCUUGCCAUGGUCGAUCAGGGUAUGCAACCGCCGCCUAGUGCACAGCCAAAGCAGGCUCGACCUCUACCACGAAGGCGGCCUGCACCCAAUGCUGGCGAGACGCAGAUACAAGGUGACAACAUGCUGGGUGCAUACCUGGAUAAUGACUGGUCAUCGGAGUCGGAGCUGGAAUCCGCUUCGAAGUUGAGCUUGACUCCUUCACAACUUGCACACUUCGCGCCGUCACGAGACCGAGAAAGUACAAGACCAACGACAGCCGACUCCAAGUCGACACCCAAGACACCGAAACGGAUCACGAAGACUGAGAUACCGGACUCGGCUGAGACAUCGAGCGUUCCUCCCUCGUCUCGAUCAGUCAAACCUGGGCCAGGAUGCGCAAGGUCUCCACUCAAAGAACGCAGCACAAAUGUUCCGUCCCAGCGAGGAAUAUCACAGGAUAGUCAGCAGGCUACUCGACGCAAAGUCUCGUUCGACCAGAUUCAGCUGGACGACGCAAAUGCCCUCAAGGAGCCCGUAGGGCAGUGGAGUGCCAAAUUGGCUUUCACUCCGAAAAGAUCGCAGAAAGGGUUGUCGAGGUCUCCGCAACAUCAGUCGAUGGACUCAUCGCCCACAUUGAGCCAAUCGACACGCCGCACAUCUCGCGAGAACUUCAGCACGGCCAAGAAGCGAACUUUAGAGCGAGUGUCUACCAUUGCAGAAUCCGAUGAAAGUGAUGUUGAGCUUGCGGACAUUGAGCAGCCCAAAUUUGGAGUCAGCUCACGGCAGGCAGGCCGAACUAUGCAUGAAGACGGCAACCACUCGUUAUCUGAGAGGUCGGCCUCUGAAAACCUGACAGCAGACCUCGGUCAAGAAGUUGCGACACUGCCACUAUCUGGCGGACUACGUGCACCAGCUGAGUCUUUGCCAUCCCCUGGCGCCCACGAUAGCGAGAUGCAGACUGACAGCGCAUCGACCAAACGAUCCGCUGAAGAGAGCCCAUCCUUGUCGCAGGACGAGGUGAUGCUAGACAGCGAUACAUCGGUGAUGCAGGGCACAAUUUAUACAGGUGCAGAUGUGCUCACAGAAAGCGCUGGCUUGAUCAUUCUUGGUUCUGAGGAUACACUUGCUGAUAAGCUUGCCGCUGCAAAUACUCGAUCUGAACAUCCUGAAGGAACGGACAAAGCAAUCACGAUCGACGACUCCGAAGCGGAUGAGGAGUUCGGAGAGGAUGGCGACUAUACAGAGGAUGAUCUUGACGGGAGUCUGAACGAAAGUAACGAACAUGAUGAUGACGACCAGGAAUACACCUACAAUCAGACUUAUGAUCCCGUUGCUGACGCGUUAGCAAGAGACGGUGCUAGAGCAUGGAGAACAGAGACGCAAUUGCAACGAGAUGAGCUCGAGAAAGCCAAUCAGGAAACCCUCACCGAAGAGAGCGACGAAGAGAACGAGGAAUCAAACAUGGGCGGCAACGGCAUUGUCGUUGUGCCUUCCAGUCAGGACGAAGAAGAAAUAGUGCCAUCAUCUCAGGACUUUGCAGAUCCUGGGCAGAAGCUUGCUGCCCUUGGAAGUCCCGGCCGAAGUGCUGCGGGUGACAUCGACGACUCGGGCUAUGCAAGUCAAGAGAUGCUCGAUGAGGAAGUAUCCAAAGCACCACCGCAGACAAUGCCUCCACCGUGGAGACCGCAGCAGACUAUACUAAAGCUACCACGACCAUCUCAAGUCAGCACUGUAGUGGGCGAUACACUCUCGCAGCACAGCAGACCGAACUCAGCCCAACCAUGGACAGAGCCAUCGGCGCCUUCUUCUCCUCCCGAAGUAGACGCUGGCCUGCCGGAAGACCCCAUCGAACGCUCGCCACAGAAGUCGUACCUGCAGACUUUGCCGAGCUCGCCGUUCCCGAUGCCACCAGGUGUGCUGAGACGUGGACGGAAUGAUAUCUCGGAGACGCAGUCGAGUGGACUAAUGGACUUCAGUCUGCCGCCUCCACCGCCGUUAUUGCUAUCAUCGUCGAGACCGCAAGACGGGAGCUCGUUGAGGUAA